GGGGAAUGGAAGUGUACGCGUGAUGUCAAGUCGAGUCGAGUCACGUGACUGUGUUCUUGCCAGAGCAGUCAGGCGAGCUAGCAGUCACAGGCUAACAAGUUACUCCCUGUAUCAGCUGAAUAGACAAUGUUUUAUCAUCCAUUAUUUAAUCUAGCCAGUUAACAGUCCGGCGUCUGUGGGGUGUGUGGUGUGUUCGGACACGCGAUGAGCCGACGGAUUUACUCUGUAUUAUAAGGGAAGCUGGUCGUCCAUUUAAAUCUCUGGUAACUUGGCUAGCUUCACGCUAGCUAGCUGAGUUAGCAUCUAAAGGGGGUUGCUUUGCUAGUGACUAUGGAAGGGGAAACCACGGCUGUACGAAUCACUGAAAACGACGGCAAGCUGGAUGGUUUUCCCCAGAACAAGACCUCAGUCUCGGGGAAAGCAAGUGCCAAAAGCUGGCAGUAUAGUGAUCACAUGGAGAAUAUUGAUGGCUACUUGUUGAAAUACACUAACCUGGUGACAGGAUGGCAGUACAGGUUCUUUGUUUUAAACAAUGAGGCAGGUUUGCUGGAGUACUUUGUCAAUGAGCAGUCACGGCCCCAGAAGCCCCGCGGCAUGCUUCCCCUGGCAGGGGCCGUCAUCUCCCCCAGCGACGAGGACUCGCAUACUUUCACUGUCAACGCCAUCAGUGGGGAGCAGUACAAACUCAGGGCCACCGAUGCCAAAGAGAGGCAGCACUGGGUAAGCAGACUGCAGAUCUGCACACAACAUCACACAGAGGCAAUGGGGAAGAGUAAUGCCCCACCUAAGUCCCGGAGCUACUCCAUGGUGUCUCAAGGCAGUGGCAGCUCGCCCAUGUCCCUGCGCCGGCCCAGCCAAAACCCUGCCUCCUUAUUCAGCUGGUCGCAGGUCCACAAGAGCUCCUCAGUCUACUCCACCAACAGGUCUCUGCUGCCGGACUACCUGGUGGACGCCAGAGAGAUGAUGAGCCAGGCUCAGGGCCAGCACAGAGACCUGAUUGAGAGUAUUGAGGGCCUGCCUGCAGCCCCUAGCCUCUCCCCUCUAGACCCGGAUCUGCUGAUGCUCAAGGCCACCUCCAUGGCUACCAUGAACUGCCUCAAUGAGUGUCUGCAUAUCCUUCACCUGCAGCAGGUGGCCAGGCAGACAGGCUCCCUGGGAGGACCCACCAUUGAAUGGCUGGAGCCCAAGCUGCCCGACAUCCUGAAGAACAGCAGCAGCUUUCCAGCGGCAGAGGGUCCGUUGGAGAGGAUAUGUGUUGAGCUCAGCAGCCCCGAGUCCUGCAGCUUCCCUGGGGAACAAGAAGAGAUCAGUGCAGAGGAUGAAGUGGAAGACUCCUUCACAGACGAGGAGGAAGACCUGGGUGUGGUGGAGGAGGAGCGUAGUGUCAUCCUACACCUGCUGUCGCAGCUGAAGCUGGGCAUGGACCUCACACGGGUGGUCCUUCCCACCUUCAUCCUUGAGAAGCGCUCUCUGCUAGAGAUGUACGCCGACUUCAUGUCACACCCAGACCUCUUUGUGGCCAUCACCGACGGCAGCAGCCCUGAGGACCGCAUGGUCCGGUUUGUUGAGUACUACCUCACCUCCUUCCACGAGGGCCGCAAGGGUGCCAUUGCCAAGAAACCCUACAACCCCAUCAUCGGUGAGACCUUCCACUGUUCCUGGAAGGUACCCAGGAAGCCAGAGGCUGCCAAGGAACCCUCACAGGGAAGCCCCGACCCAGCCGCCUCCCGGGACCCCUACCAAGUGCGUUUUGUGGCAGAGCAGGUGUCACACCACCCCCCUGUGUCUGGUUUCUAUACUGAAUGCCAAGAGAGGCAGAUGUGUGUGAACACGCAUGUGUGGACCAAGAGCAAGUUCAUGGGGAUGUCUAUCGGGGUCUCCAUGAUAGGUGAAGGUUGCCUAUAUUUGCUAGAGCACGAUGAAGAGUACACCUUCACGCUGCCCUGUGCAUAUGCACGCUCCAUCCUCACAGUUCCAUGGGUGGAACUGGGAGGCAAAGUCACCAUCACCUGUGCCAAAUCAGGCUACUCAGCAGUCAUCACUUUCCAAACUAAACCCUUUUAUGGUGGCAAACUGCACAAGGUAACAGGGGAGGUGAAGCACAACCCUACCAAUGCGGUGGUGUGUCGUGUGCAGGGCGAGUGGAAUGGUGUUUUGGAGUUCAGCUACACCAGCGGAGAGACGAGGGUGGUUGACGUUACCAAGCUACCUGUUACAAGGAAGCUCGUCCGACCCAUCGAGAAGCAGCAGCCAACUGAGUCCAGGCGCCUGUGGCAGCAUGUGACAGAAUCCUUACGGCAGAAGGAUAUUGACAAAGCCACAGAGCACAAGAGGAUUCUGGAGGAAAGGCAGCGGACGGAGGAGAGACACCGCGCUGAGACAGAAACUGCUUGGAGGACCAGAUAUUUUGACAGAGAGGGUGAAGGCUGGGUUUAUAGCAAACCACUUUGGAAAAACUCUGCAAUCAAAUCCUAAUUUCUUCAGUCUGUACCUUGGAUGUUGAAAUUAAAGAUUGAGGAAUGUGUGUGUGUGUGAGUGCACACACACGAGUGACAUUUAUUAAAUGAAAGCAUGACCUGCACUGACCUAAAGAGGAAUGUACCCUGGGGAGGAGGACAGAGACGGCAUGACUGAAGGUGUUCUCAAAUCUCGCUCAUGAAGUUCACGAAGCCUUGAAGUACAUGUUUUUGUACGGUAGAUCGCAUUUUUAAUAAUCCACUGUCAAUAAAACCAUACUCUCGUACAGCUAAUGGUACUCCAUUUACACAGCCUUAAAAUCCGAUGCUCUAAGAAUGACGCUCCAAGUUUCAGGUUUGGCUCAUUGACCUGGAUAUGGUUGUUUCCUUCUUCCUUUUUGUAAGCUAUGGUAUCACACAGGUGAAGUGACUUUUCUAAAAUAUCUAAACCCACAUAAUUAGAGAACUGUCUCAUAAAUUCCACCCUGUAAACGCUUGCAGCGAUCUGUAUUUCAGUUUGCAGUACUAAAAUUGUAUCCUCUUUCACUGUCACCGAGUAUAUUUACAUGCACACACUCUUCGGAUCCAUAGGCGGAGGUGAAGAGUUUUCUAGCAGCACUGAAAUAAAAGCAUGUUUGAAUUUUGAGGUGUUUAAAAAGAUGGGACAACACUACUCUCUUAGCCUUCUAAUCCUUAUGCUAGGCUAAGCUAAUGGUCUACUGGCUGUAGCUCCAGAUUAAGGGAUGUGGUCUUGUCCAAAAUGUCCUACUGCAUUAUCAUAAUGUUUGCUCCUUGUACUCCAUAUAAGAAACCAAUCAUCAUAUGUAAAAGUUGUGGAACUGUCUUUUAAUUAGGUGACACUUAACACUGAUUAUGAUUUGACGCGUUUACAUAAACUUGGGCAGCGAUAGUUUGACCUUCACUUGGGUUAAUAUCAGGUGAAUUAUGUGCAUGUAGGUAUACUUAUCUCUCAAUAAAUUCUGAUUGAGUUCAUUCUUGUUUGAUGCUAUAUUAAUAUCGGCAUGUUGAAUAAGUGCCAGUGCUAGAAUGGCAUGUCACAGACUGACAAAUAACCAAAUCUGAGUGAUGCAUCUGAAGGUAACUACCACACAAUUUCUGUCUUUCUGCUUUUGUAAUUAGUUUGUUGUUUUUUUUUUUUUUGCAGUGGAUGGAAGCUUUCCUACAUGCAUGAUCAUCAUAGCAAAGUAUCUUUUCACAUUGACGGCAACAAGUAUACUUCUUGUGUCUGCUUUACUUAGUUCUAAAUGGAUGUUGUAAAAGCUUUUAACCAAAUUUGCUUGUUUUGUAACGCAAAUAAAUAUUUUUAUUGACUGCGUGUUUAUCGCCCUUCUUGCUCUUAAAUUGCUCUUAGUUUCAGAGCCACUUUUUUGUAAAGAGACGUCGUUCCAUCAGAGGUUCAGCUUCAUUUUUGUUGUUGUUUUUCCCCUAAAACUAAAUGUUAGUCUCACACUCUCAAAGCAUCACAGCACAAAGUAAGAAACAGUUUCUGCUUCCUUACAGCCAUUGAGAAACACAUCCCUCCAACUUUUUCUGUCUUCCAGCUAAGGAGCAGCACAGCAUUUUCAUCAGUUGUUUACCCGACAGAUGCAGUGGUGGAUGUAUUAUUUGUCUGUGCGUGUUUGAUUCUUAUUGAGAAGUUGCACUUUUACUCUAAGUUUUGGAAUGUACUGGACAUUUUGCUGGCC